CGGACUGAACGUAAAUCCGGGCCCUCAGCUCCCCUUGUGAGAGAGGUGUACGGGGCACAGUUUUGUGUUGUGCCGCUGAAAUCGAUGCCAUUUGCCGGGACUAUCUUUACUAAUGUGUAAUUAGUGUUUCUUCGGCGAGCUCUCGGUCGUCCAUAAUCUAAAAAGGCGUGUUCCGACGAAACCGAACCGAAAUGUGAAAAGCUGCUAUUCGUCGCGUGCGGUUGACGGGGAUCAUCUCGAGUGGCCAGAGUGUGUGCACCAAUUAUCGGACCAGCGACAAUCAAUAUCUUUGCGUCCCAGCCUGGAGCCCGCGCAGUUUUUUUUGUCCACCGACCAACAAAACUCUAUCCGGGAACCCGAAAGGAACCUCAGUCCAUCAGCGGACGUUCCCGGGGACGCAUAAAGUGUAUCGCGAUCCCCGCUCGCGGGUGGCCAUCAUUAGCGUGUGUGAGGUCACUUCGACGACGACGACGCCGCCGCCGACGCCGGAAUCCGGGACUUUCCCGCAAAACGGGCACACAGAUUAGCAGCGCGAUAGAGCGCGAUGGUGCUGCCGUUUAAUACCACCACCGAGAGCAAUGGCCGGGCAGCUGCUGCAGCUGGACUUCCGCAACCGACGGCCCCACCCAUGGCCGCACUAAUAACCCCCGAAACGGCCGGAGGACAAAUGGAGCAGGACUUCAGCCAUCCCGGUGACCACCACGGUGGUGCUUACGAGCAGUUUGUGGAUCUGCUCGUGCUGGGCAACAAGGAGAACUAUCUCAUCCGGGCCGAGCGGAAGGCCAUCCUGGACUCGAACACGCUGCUGGCGCAACUCGUGAGCAACACCACCAGCAGCAGUGGCGGCAAGUGUGUGGUGCGCGACGUCGAUCGUGUCAAUUUUGAGAUUUUCGUACGGUAUCUCGAGACAAAGUUCGUCAAAUUCAGCUCACCAACGCACACGCUCGAGAUGCUCGAGCUGGCCACUCGGUUCCAAUGCCGCCAGCUGGAGAUACACUGCGUGAAAGAGUUGGAUCUCAACCUGAGCGUAGACCACGUGCUCGAGGUGUACCGAGCGCUCUGGUUCUACAACUCGAUCGCCCCACCAAAGAUCCCGCCGACGGAGCGCCAGAAGAAGCGUCGCUGCUGCCCGACCGGGCGCCGGAAGGGCGCCGCGAACGGCAGCGAGGGCCCCCUGACACCCGAAGAGUACUUUGCGGCCCUUCUCGCCAACUGCCUGCAGCUGAUCGAUAUGCACGCCGAGGAGGUACUCUCGCAGAAGGCCAUGCUAUCGCUGCGCUUCCCGGAGCUGGAGAUGAUCGUGCGGCGCGAUGCCCUUCAGCUAUCCUCGGAGACGGUGCUGCUCGAUUUGCUGGCCCGCUGGAGUUUGGAGGACUGCAACCGUAAGGGCGUUGAUCCGACGGCCGAAAACCGUCGCCGUGCACUGGGGGCCCUCUGCUACGCGCCCCGCUACCUCACGAUGACCCGGCGUGAGUUCGAGGGCGCCAAGGAACGCAUCGAGCUGCUCGAUCCGGUCGAAUCGCAGCUGGUCGGUGAACUGAUCACCGGCGGGAAGGGCCGCAAACAGGGGGCCAAUCUUACGCCGGAACAGCAAGCCCUGGUGCUCCGCUUCCAGGCGGAACGGCCCGCAUUCGCCCUCCUUCCGAUCCACCUCAGCCAGCGUAGCCAUCCGCGUAACUAUCCGAAGAAGAUGCGCAAAGCGGCCGCGGAUGCAGAGCGCGAACCACGGAACGGAGGCGGCGGCUGCUGCGAUCGGUUGCUGCUGAACUGCAUUUCCGUGUUUGCGUGCAUCUUUGGCUAGCGGUGUUGCCUGUAGGGGUGAUGAGGCCCC